CUGAGACUAUCACGUCUCGAGGCUACGGUACGCCAGCUAUUCUCUAUUACUACGGUCAAUACAAAUAAAAAGAAUAACUUCUCUGUAUGUAAAGGAUGUAUAAAUGAAGUGUCUUGUAGGAGUUGUAAUUGCGAGUCUUAGUAGGGUUUUCUUAUAACUUUACCAACAGCGCAAGAAUCAACAGCUCCGUCACCGCUGCAGUUUCUUCAGCGAAACUGAAAAUUACGUUGUAAAAGGUUCACAUAAGCAUGGGGGCAUUUGCUGAUCGAGCUCGCAAGGCCGCAGCAACGGCGCGGGCCACGGCUGUUGUCGCCGGCGAAGAUGCCGAAAAGCCCACGAAGAACGAAACCAUGGGCAUCGACAUGGAGGGCAAAUGCCGCAUCCCGAUGCCAGACUUGCCCAAGCCGCUCACCACUGAGGAGAAGAAAUACCUGCUGGCGGUCGAGCGUGGAGACAUCGCCACUAUCAAAAAGAUGCUGCAGAAGUGUGCGCGUCAUCCCUCGUACAUGAACCGCAACUGCGUGGACCCCAUGGGGCGGGGGGCGCUGCACAUGGCCAUUGACAACGAGAACCUGGAGAUGGUCGAGCUGCUCGUGGUCAUGGGGGUGGACACGAAGGACUCCUUGCUGCACGCCAUCGAUGUCGAGUUUGUCGAGGCUGUUGAGGUGUUGCUUGAACAUGAGGAAGUCAUUCACAAGGAAGGAGAGCCCUACUCUUGGGAGAAAAUUGACCGUCACACCGCAUCCUUUACUCCGGAGAUCACGCCUCUCAUCCUGGCCGCUCACAGGGACAAUUACGAGAUCCUAAAGAUCCUUCUUGAUCGCGGCGCUGCUCUGCCCAUGCCUCAUGACAUCAGGUGCGGCUGCGAUGAGUGCAUCAAGUCUUCAACGGACGACUCGUUGCGUCACUCGAUGUCGCGCAUCAACUCUUAUCGCGCCCUCGCCUCGCCCUCACUCAUCGCGCUAUCCUCCACCGACCCCAUCCUUACCGCCUUCGAGCUCUCGGGCGAACUCAAGUCUCUUGCUUAUGAGGAAAAUGAGUUCAGCUCCGAGUAUGUGGAAUUGCGAAAGCAAUGCCGGUCAUUUGCGGAAGAGCUUCUGUCGCACACGCGCUCCUCGACGGAGCUCGCGGUCAUGCUCAACUAUGACCCUGAGGCGCUGCCCUACGAAGACGGCGACAGCAUGAAGCUCAAGAGACUUGAACUUGCCAUCGACUACAAGCAGAAAGCUUUCGUUGCUCAUCCCAACGUCCAGCAGCUCCUUGCUGCUCUCUGGUACGCCGGAUUGCCGGGCUUCAGGCGCCUCACUCUCAUGCAGAAGCUUUUUCAGUUGUUCAAGGUGGUGGUCCUGUUCCCCGUGUACUGUGUGCAGUACAUACUUUUCCCGGACACAGCUUCCAGCAAACUCAUCCGCACUCCAUUCAUGAAAUUCCUCCUGCACUCUGCGUCGUACCUUCUCUUUCUACUGCUGUUGAUCCUGUUCUCGGUGCGCUUCGAAGAGUUGUUCGUAUUUUACUUGGGCACCGAAAGUAUGAGGCAGAGUUUGGCGGAGUCGCUGAAGAAGCAGCGCGGCAACUUGCCAACGCCCAUCGAAUGCUUCAUCCUCUUCUACGUCUUCGGCUUUUUAUGGGAAGAAUUGAAAGAGAUCCACAAAGACGGUUUAGGAAAGUAUUUUCGCAACAUGUGGAACAUCCUUGACAUAAUGCGCGACUCGCUCUACCUCUCGACGUUUCUGCUAAGAGUCUUCGCUUACAUUCAACAGUCCAUCGAAAUCAGCCAAGAUCCUCAGACGGCGUUCAUCCCGCGACAAGAAUGGCACGGCUUCGACGCGCAGCUGGUGUCGGAAGGCCUCUUCUCAGCAGCCAACAUCCUGUCUGCCCUGAAGCUCGUGCACAUCUUCAGCAUUAACCCGUACCUCGGGCCCCUGCAGAUCUCCCUCGGCAGGAUGGUCAUCGACAUCGUCAAGUUCUUCUUCAUUUACACCCUCGUCCUCUUCGCUUUUGCUUGUGGACUGACGCAGUUGCUGUGGUACUAUAACGACCUGGAGAAGCAGAAGUGCUAUUCCUUGCCUGGGGGCUUACCCGACUGGUCAAAGAACGGUGACGCUUGCAUGAAGUGGCGACGAUUUCACAAUCUGUUCGAGGCGUCCCAGUCGCUGUUUUGGGCGGGCUUCGGCAUGGUGGGCUUGGACGACUUCGAGCUGACGGGCGUGGGCGGCUACACGCGCUUCUGGUCCAUGACGAUGUUCGGCGCUUACUCCAUCAUCAACAUCAUCGUGCUGCUCAAUCUCCUCAUCGCCAUGAUGUCCAACUCAUAUUCUUUCAUUGUUGAUCACGCUGACACUGAGUGGAAAUUCGCUCGAACAAAGCUAUGGAUGUCGUACUUUGAAGAUGGCCGCACAGUUCCCCCUCCUUUCAACAUCAUUCCUUCUGUUAAGAGUAUCAAGAGGUUCUUCAAGGGACACGAGCAAAAAGAACUCCUGAGGAAAAUGUCCUCUAAGACAAUGGGACGAGCGCGCAAGGCCCGCGACUACCGCUACCUGGCCGUUAUGCGCGCCCUCAUCUGGCGCUACGUGUGCUCCAUGCAGCAGAGGAACAUGGAGAAGGCCGUCACCGAGGACGACAUCAACGAGGUUAAGGGCGACAUAUCAGCUCUUAGGUUUGAGCUCAUCGACCUCUUCGAAGCCAACGGCAUGGACAUCUCGAUGUGCGAGAAGAAGAGCAAAGCCGCGUUGGGCCGUAAAAUGAGGAUAUGGGAGCGCCGCCUCAUGCGGGACUUCCACGUGUCCCCGGCCAUGGGGGCGGAGGACAACUCCAGCGCCGCUGAGCCUGCGCUCCCGCCGGCAGAUCCCACAGCCGCUGACAGGUUCCGCCGCAUCGCCAGACUGGCGAUGGUGUCAAAGAUUGCGGACACAUCUUGCGGCUCUGGCCCGCAGAUUGGUGGUAACCAGAUAGGUCGAAGCCACAUUACGGAUGACACGGGGAAGAAUAAUCUAAAGGAGGCAAUGGAGAAAGCCCGACGUAAGAUGGAGGAAGGCACUCCAGACAACUCGCCAAAUUCUUCUCGCGGCUGUUCACCUUUUCCCGAGUUGUACACCGGGCCACAUCUCAUGGAGGCCAUUCAGAGUCUCGACCUGAGCCCAGCCAACUCUCCCGCUGAAACUCCGUUACCCAAAACCGCUUGGACAUUCCAAAAGGACAAAAAAGACGGUCAAGCAACAGACCCCAGCAUGCUCACUAUCCCAGGACGCCGGCCAGAGAGCUCUCUGAAAUCUGGCACUCAACCUACCGAUAAAAAAAUCAUUGUCCCUCAGAAAACAUGUGCAGAUUAUACAACUCCCGUUGGUACCAAGCAAGUGAAUGAGAAAAGGCAACAAAAUACCGUCUCUGGGAACGAGGUUCGACCUCAGCCUAUUUUCCCUCCGUGUGGCCAGAUGCCGCUGCUACCGAGUACCGUAGGCAAGGAAUCAUCUAAGAGUUCUAAUUCAACGAUAAUUCAGGAAACACAAAUUCAUCGUCCCCGGAACUCAGACCAGAUGCAACAGUUCACAAAAACUUCAGACUUGGAAACCGUGGACGUCGUUCGUAAGCCCCUGAACUCAUCGAGGCAGAAUUCUCGAGACAAUCUUGUAGCUGACGCUGCUACGAAUAAACCGAUUAGCAAUACGGUAUUGAAACUAGAGUCUAAGAAGCUUACCGGAAUUCAAACAGGUCAGAGCGCUCCCUUAGGUAUUGAUAGGCCGAAGUCCAGUGAAUUUCCAUUGAUUGAUUCUCUCGCUCAUAAAACUUCUCCAACGAGCAUCUCUACGAAAAAGUUUGGGGAUCGCAAUGAAACUGUGCCUGCCAUACCACCAGACAUUGCAGUCAUUCCUUCAACGCCAGCUCCCCCGGAGACUCCACCUGUUCACGUUCGAGCUUGUGUUCGGCCAAAAAAGUCUGAAGUGCCAAAAAGUGAAUCUGGAUCAACCCCAGAUGGUAAAGGAACGCAACUGGAUGAACCGCUUAAAUUUUCAACAUCCUCAACAAUGCAGGAAGAAGUUAAUCCGUCAUCUCUGCAAACUACCAACGCAUCUGCGCCCCUUCAUAAUAUUACUCAGACUCCUCCUCUGAUCACAUCGUCCUCGUCACCUCCAUUAAAUCCUACUGCAGCAAUUCCAUCAUCCGCAAGUACUUCAGUCUGUUUUACUACUGAUACAACUCCGUUAAUUGAAAACGCUGUCACUGAUGGGAUACGAUUGGCCACACUUCCAAGCCAGACUGAGGCAGACGACGUCAAGAUCAAGAAGAAGCCGGCACCUCCAACUCCGGCUACCUCAACAGUUCAAGCAGAUAAGAACCAAAAAUCUGACGACUCCAAGCCGUGUUCGGCCAAACUCAACAAAUCUCCUUGGAUUUAAAUACUUUCUAGCGAGACAGGUAAGAGUAUAUGUUUACCUGUCUCUGCGAGGGACUUAGAAGUGAAAUCUGUUAUUGGCGGUAAUAUGAUAUUUAUGUAAUAAUUCUUAGUUGAAUUGUAUGCUGUGUAUUUGUGAAAGCUCUUACUUUGAAGCCAGCUAAUAUUUAAACACUUAUGACCAAUUCUUUACCUGCCUGACAUUGUAAUGUUUGAGAAUCAUAACAAUCAUCAUAUAUCGUACUAACCCUUGGGUGAACUCUUAUGUAGUCGUAGUAUAAUUGUUUCUCAUUUUAAAUACAGUUUCAAAAAUGAAAUGUUCCUCAAUGAGUAUUUACUGAAUUCUUGCAACGCACUCUGAUCACCGCUGAGCGUCUUCAUGGCAGGCCCCAGUGAUAGGCAGUUGCAGAAUUGCAACUGCCUUUGCAAUUACAGUAGCUGCUAGGAGGUAAAUAACCGAGGUGUAUUAUAUGGCGCGCUGGCUUGUUUAGAAGGGUGCUUGACGUGUUCAAACGAAAGUCUUUUUCCCAGUUUACUAGCUGGUUCAUAUAUAUUCACCUGGUACUCGGUAGGAGUUGUUUGGACGUCGUAAACUAUCAAAUUAGUGCACAGUUCUUGACAGCAGUUGCUACCGUGGAUUUAAUACAUGAAUUUACGGAUUGAUAAUAUUUAAUAAUCGUUUCGAUUGGUGACUUUUCAAAACAUAAACUACACUUUUUAUAAGUUACGUGAACCGCUUCGCUUCAAUUGCAGAGCUUACGUAGAAUAGAAAGUUCAUGAGUUGUUGAUUACCAGCUCGCUUGAGUGCCGAGUAGUGUGCUGUCUUCUACUUAUUAUAACAUUUUAUCUUUUGCUGCAUGGAUUUCUACUCGCCGUAUUUAUAGUAGAAUUUAGGGAUAGCCUAAGAUUUUUUUCUUUGCGUUGCGUUAACUAACAUGAAUGCUAUUUGAAAGUUUUUAUAGACGGCAUUAGAUUCUUCAUUAGUUAUUUAUCACAACAUAUUGUUAACUAAUAUAAAAUGAAACUCUGUGUAAAUUUUUGUAGAUUAAAAAUUUUACCAAUAAGUCGCGAAGGUUCAUACUGUUGUAUAUGGAAUAAGUACCAAAGGUUGAACCCGGAAUGAGUUUGCGUUCUGUAGUGAUCCAAUGCUGAUGCAAAAUAGCACAGGAUGAGCAAACCAGUUGUACUUGUGAAGCGACUCUCUAAAUAAUUUACUUUAGUAGCAAAUUUUUCUGAAGCUACUUCAUUAAUUUGACACAACACCAAUUUUGUCCGUUCGUAUCACGCAAGCUGAAAUAAGGUAGAGUUAAGGCGGGUUCAUUCUCAUAUCAGAAAACUCUGCCAUUGUCCUUCGCUCGGUGCAAGUCGCAAUUCAGAAGCUCAAUGCACUAAAAAAUAUCUAGAGAUCUUGAUCAGCUUCACCGUUAUUCCGUACUAAAAUAUUAUGAUAUGCGUUAUGCAAUGACUGAAGAAAUACUUGCAUCACAUGUAAUUUUUCGGCGUUAUCAAUCACAUGAAAAAAUAGCUUCAGAUUUAGUGAUCUCCAUUUAUCCCAAUAUAAGUUAUGCGUUGACUAGUUAUUGCUUUUUCUUAUUUAAAACUGUUUAUUAAAGCCUAUAAUCAC